CUUAUACGGCCCCUUUCUGGCUUCCUUACUAUUACCGUCUCACCACACGCCUCUUGACCUCGAUAUAUCUCCAGCUGGCGCGUCACCAAGUUGUCAAUCAAAUCUAAGGCACCUAAGGAGGUACCUAGGAGGUACCUACCUAUGUAAGGCGCGUACCUAUCUUUCAGAGGCAUAGGUACCUACCUCCUACUAGUACAGGUAGGUACACCCGUCAUGCCCCCUCGACGAUCACACAAGAAGUCCCGUGCGGGAUGCCGGAGAUGUAAGGCUAGGAAGAUCAAGUGUGAUGAAGUUCAUCCCCGCUGUGGAAAUUGUGCCAAACACGGCGUCGCCUGCGAUUUCGAGCGCCCCGACAUUGUCGAUGCCCUCCCCUCAGCCGAGACUCCGCGUCCGCCAACGUCUGCCUCGACCAGCAACUAUGGCAGUCCGUCGACCAUCACCUUGCCACCGACGCCGUCGGUGCCCUCGAGCGCUCUUGUCCCCUUGUACCGAAACCCUGAGACGCUCCCCUUGACCUCAAACUCGAAGGGCGGUCGGAUGAUGGAGCUGAAGCUGCUCCACCACUACACUACCAUCACCUGUGAAACCCUUGCUAUAUCAUCGCCGGUGAGUGAGAGGAUUUGGCGGGAUACGGUCCCGAAUCUUGCAUUCACCGGCGCCGACUUUCUGGCGGAUGCCUUGCUCGCCGUCUCCGCGCUCCAUCUCCGCUACCGCUCUCCCCAUGACCAGGACCUUGUACGCGCGAGCCACGCGUAUAUGGCGUCUACCCUGUCAGAAUACGGCGCGAGUCUGAAUAAAGGCAUCAACGAAUCCAACGCGGAGGCUUUAUUUCUCACCGCCGCUCUCAUCGCGUUCCAGUCUACGGCGUCUCGCAUUUUCACUAGGGAUGACAGCGGCGACCUGAAGGAGCGAUCUGACGGAUACGUCUUGCCGCUCUCCUGGUUCCAUUCCUUCCAGGGCGUCAAGGCGAUCGUCGCUUCGAGCUGGCAAUGGCUCAGAAAUAGCGGCAUCGUAGUGCCGAUUAUCGAGUCCCAGCCCGCGCUGAACCUCGACCUCUCGGGGCAAAAGGCAAAUUUCUUCAGUCACCUCCUAGACGGCCUCGAAGAUGAGGUCUUCUUCGACGAGGAUCCGGCGAGCCAACAUCUCACCCACCAGGCGUACCAGCACGCCGUCGCUGUUCUCGACUGGGCUCACAAGAUACCUCAUACCGGCGCGCCGCUGGUCUUUCUAGCGACUGUUUCUCGUCGUUUUGUAGAAAUGCUCGAGUCCCGCCGUCCGCGCGCCCUCGCGAUCCUCGCCAGCUAUUUCGGCCUGCUCAAGUGCCUGGAUACCGUAUGGUGGUUGAAGGGCGUGGCGCGCCGUGAAGUUAUGGGUAUCGUAUCCCUCUUCGACCCGGAUGACGAGGAGUGGUGGCCGCGCUUGCAGUGGCCUCUGCGCAUCGCACUUUACGAGGGCGAGGUCAUACCGGCAGACAUCUGGGGUGCGGACUGGGCCGCCGAGACAGCCCUGCUGAAUCAGGCCAACCAGACCGGCGGUUUCGUCAGCCAUAUCGAACUCUUAAGCCAGAUGUUCUCAAGUAUGCAGAGUAUGCCCGACACUCUGGACGUCGUCACCCAUCAGACCAUCAUGGCCAAAUCCAGGUAGCAACGGAACAAUGACUACUCGCCCCGCUGGAAGGGGAGCCAAAUCCCGAAAGAAGGGCUGAUAUUAGCCGUACGAUUUCCGAUGAUCGUGGGUACACCUGAUCGUGUCGAAGAUCUUCCGCCCGAGCUCCUGACGUCAAGAGUAUGCUCUCGUGUGGGGAGCGUUUUGUGCCGAGCUAUUAAGACGGCAACGUCUGCUCUUCUCGCUUUUGAACGUUUUGUAUCGCGCGGUGAUGAUCGGAACGCGGCAUGCUGG